UUUUUUUAUUUUUUUUUUUCUAUUGUGGUACUGCUUACUAAAAGUAUAAAAAAGAAAAAAACGCUUAAACUAAAUAAAGGCCUCUUUUCUUCUCCCUUUCUAAACUUUUUUUUAAUUUUAAAAAAGAAAAAAUAGAGUCGUUUCGUCGUUGUGUUGUCAUAUUUUAGAUAUAUAAAAACUUUUAGACAAUGGAAAACCUAUUGACGAUUCAACCACAGACGACACUUCAUCAUCAUGAUGAAUCGCUCGACCUCGAGGAUUUCUUUAAAGAUAGCCUCGAACCCCUGAUGAAGAAAUUUAAGCAUCGACUCUCGCAACAUACACUUGUCAACAGCGAAAGAAUUCAAAAUUACACAUUACAGAAAGUCAACAAGGCUUGCUUCUUAUUAGAAAGUCUUGUGCAAGAAUGGGACGAACGUAAAGAAAAAGCAUUGGAAGUGAGACGUCAAAUUCUUUCUGAAUUGGAUACCAAAAUAUUAGACAAUGUCAACUAUGCCUUAAUGGCACCUCCAGACCUCGUUAGCGCCAUGAUGGAAUUAUCCAAGAAAUAUCAUGAAUUAGAAAUGGAUAGCAAUGGUGAAAUGUUGGAUAAUUCAAUCGAUGUAUUCAUGGUCAAGAUGGAAGAAUUAGACGGCAAAAUAUCUGAUGCACUGAGUACAGCUGACAAGAUGCUUGAAAAGGUUGAAGAACAAUUUAUUAAAGUAGCAGGCGUUGCCAAUGACCAUAUUGAUAAACUCAAGUACGCCAUGUCCUUUGGUACAAAUCGUUUGUUGAUGUAUGACGAACUUCCUGGCCCUUGGCAAAGUAACGAGUAUAUCCGAACGGGUUACCGCUUUUUAGAUUCAGCCGCCGAUUGCUGGUAUUCUCUAUUCUACUUUCACAAUGAAACUGGUAACAUUUGGACUCAUUUACUAGGUUUCAUUGUAUUGUUUGCGUUAGGAAUUUAUGAACUGUUCUUUUCCGAAUUAAUGGUCAGUAUACCCGUGAGUGAUCGUGUGGUCUUUUUAGUGUUUUUCCUGGCUGCCUGUAAAUGUUUAAUGUGUUCCACUGUUUGGCAUACUUUAUCCGGUAUCAAUAAUCUCAAGGUUUACCGUCAAGUCGCAUGCUUAGACUAUGUUGGUAUCUCCGUAUUGAUUUGUGCAAGUAUCAUUUUGUGUGAAUACUAUGGUUUCUAUUGCGAUUCUGCUGUUCGUAACACAUAUAUCACUGCCACUUCCACUUUGGCAGUCAUUGGUGUCAGCAUGCCAUUUCAAGCAUGGUUUGAUAGACACGAGCGUAGAUGGCUUCGCAUUGCCUUUUUUGUUGCAUUAGCCUCAUCAGGUGCUAUUGUGAUUGGUCAUCUUGCCCUUGUACGUGGUGCAUUUACAACUAUCAGUUGGUUAGCUCCUGUCUUCAAAUCCAUUGCUUGUUAUCUUGCCGGUGUUAUCAUCUAUGGCAAUCAAUUCCCUGAAAAGUUUUGGCCUGGCAAGUUUGACCAUCUUGCCCAUUCUCAUCAAUUUUGGCAUCUAUUUGUAUGCGGAGGUAUUUGGUUUCAUUACCAAGCUGCUCUUCAAUUCGCUGCAAGUCGUGAAGAAUUUGGUCAAUGCACUGCCUAAAAUAUAUGUGCACCCUUAUUUAUUAUAUUAUUCCCCCCUACCUUCCCCUUCCCAACCCACAUCGAUUAUUUUAACCCUCCUAUUACUACCAAUUCCUUUUUUUACCACUUAUUUAUUAGAGAAACUAUCCUUGCAUAUACAUAUAAAAAAAAAUAAACGUUUCCCUUUUAGAUUAAGGAU